CAUGAACCAGCAGGUGUGGCGAGAGUGGUUGUGGGAUUUUGAAAAUAGUAGGGCCAAUACUGCCAGUUUUGCCUCUGUUGCUGUGUCUGUGGCUACUCCGGAGGAGGAUGACAUCGUGAAUGACUUGAGUAGCGGCGAAUGGACAGCGUAAGGCAGGUCGUGUGUGUCGCGGGGUUUAGUGUACGUUGGACGCUGUGAGCUGUAGUAUGAGGUACAGGAACGGUGGCGACCAGAGAGCCUAUGUCGUGCUUAUGCUAGGGUGAUAGCUUAUUCAGUCCCUGUUGUGCGGUACCAGUGCACGCAGUACUCGAGGCAAAUGGCGAACUGGGGAAGUGACAGCAACUUGGUCGAGAAGGUGUGCAAAGCGAUUUGGACCCUCCUGGAUCGGAUGAGGCUCGUUUCAUGACGUCGGCUCGCCGAGGGCACGAGUGUCGUCAGUCGCCGUAUGUGUGUUGGCGCCGCCGGCAUCACGGGUGCCCCGUGGUCGUGGCCGCUGUUUGAGACAGGGUAUACCCCCCGUACACUGUCAACUGUUUUGGAUUAUUAUCGUUGUCGCUGUUCAGACCCACGGGGUGGCAGUAGCAAUGACGCUUUAGACAGUCUUGUUGGUCCGUAGAUGAAAGAAUGUGUACCAGUACCUCUCACAGGUCCGCUGCAUUGUGAUCAUUGCCUCUUGCCGCAGAAUCGCGCGGUGAAACAGUGGGCCAGUUGUAAACUGUCGAGGCGCAGCCUUGGCGUCGGAUCCAGUGUGGACUUCUGAUGAUAUGGGAGGUGCAGCCAAGCGUCCAUUUCGUGGUCACGAGGGUGUGUACGCUGAUGGGGGCACGCUUGCUGAGGGAGGUGCUGCAGACGCUGUUAGGGGGAAGAGAACUGCAGGCGACAGCAGGACACAGUUAGUCGCACUCUUGUUGAUGGGGUAACGUGGUGUUUGUUCAGAUAGGCGCAUGCCGCAUCUGUACGCGAUUUGCAUUUUAUGAAGCGCAAUGGUUCCCAGUUGUGUUUUCGGGUGUGCGUCGGUGUUAGAAGCGUUUAACGGACGCUUGGUAGAAUGGUGAAAAUACGAGGGACUUCCGGACGCUCCUCACAUCCAUUGAAUGCUACCCGGCUCACCUAUAAGGCUUUUUGAAUGUUGAUGGCAACCAACAGUACUGCACGUAUAGGUGUUGCAUCUUUCCCAGCUGCACCCUCCUUCCCCCCAACAACCCCGUCUGUUGUCUUGUGAUGAUCCGAAUUGAUGUCAAUGCAGGGGUGAGAGAGGUUCAUUCACCUGACGGAUCUUUCUCAUGAUCUCCCGUUCUUCGCUCUGGCCUGAUGCACGUUCUUCGUUUCAUAAUGCAACUAUUGCAGGCUGUGUUUGGGAGGCUUUCUUUUGCUGUUGCUGGACACGUCUUACGCGUGCAAAGAUAGGUAGGAGGGGUGGUCGGGAUCAGGAAGCUGUGGUCGAAGGUUCUCGUUGGCUCAGAUCAUCCGUCGUCUACCUUCAGCAAGGCCUGGUGAGUUUCGGUUUUCCGAACACACAAGGGCGGGGUGCUCGAAACGAAACGUCAGCAACCAUGUAUGGGGGAGAUGAAUCUGAGUCACUCAUGAAGGCCUGGCAGCAGGCAUCAGCGGAAUCGAAACACGCGGGUGAGAGUGAUCUAGUACGGCAGCGGCUGACCAGUCAGCUCAUUCUGUGUAAGUGGGAUGUGUCGUCGUUCACUGAGUGGCCACGUGCGGAGAUGACAUCGUAGUGCGGGGAGAAACGGGCAAGGCACUGUUGUGGUGUGGUAUAUCGCGCGGGAAGAACUGUUUCGUCUUUUCCAGUAAACGAGCAUCAGCGACACUGCGGCGAAUGCCACUGGGUUGCUGCGGUGAAGACGACUGCAGCAGCGUGCUUGAGAGGUUUUGAAUUUCUCCGCGCUGCGCCGGUAGAAUGGUAGAUGUCGCGUAAAGAACUGUCCUCCUACAGGAACAUUAGUUAACGACUUAGCAGUUGUUAGCUAAUUUCGGGAAUACGCUCUUCAGGAGGAUGUAGAACGGACAGAUGAGACAAGCGUCGUAUAAAGUGUGUGUCGGGGUAGCAUGAGACAGGAUAUGCCGUGGUUGUCGGCUGCUGAUAUCGGAUUGCGCGGUGCACCUGGAUCGAUCGUCGAAUGGGGGCACACAUUCUUUCGAAAAACGAAAUCUUGGAGGCCAGAAGCCGACGCGUAUCCUAGAUGAAGAUACAAGUCUUUUUUGAAUACCAGAUGGGCACUCGGACACAAAUCGUAUCACAGAGCUUAUGGGAAUGGUAGAGUGAUAGGUGCGUGUGGCUUGACUGUGUAGUUGU